AUGGGCGCCAGCGGAGAGCAGCAGCAACAGUCCAUGGGUGCGCAUGCUCACCCAUGGGUGGAGGGUGGCGAGGCAGAGGGCGAAGACCACCCCCGCCAAGCCGAGGAAGACUGUGGAGCGGAGAAUGAGAUGGCUGGUGGCUGGGUGUCUGGCGCAAUAGUAUAUGCAGAGAUGGAGGAUAGACCGAGCAGAGACGAUGGUGGCGCUGCAGAGAUGCAUGUGACGCUCCAGCUAGCUAGAGCUUGCGCCAUUUGGGGCAAACCUCCAUUUCUGGCUCUCGCCAUCAGUGCAUCGCAUUUCAUUGCGGUUGGUGUCCGUUGA